AUGAAUUUAUUCUCUCUCCUCGUUUCCGCCCUCGUCUUUGUUGUCGUUGAAGGGCAUGACGGUCACCACCACGAUGACCAAAUGCCUUUGAAUUAUGUGAAGUUUCCCCAGCCAAUAUAUCGGGUUGGAGAAGUAACAGCCGAUGCAAUAUUCUCGGGAAUUACGACAUUUGCCAAGCUCCCAUGGGUUCAGUGUCUUACGAGGGAGAGCCACAUCCCUUUCGACAUUGCCUUCAUUGGCGCUCCGUUCGAUACUGGCACGAGCUAUAGGCCUGGGGCACGCUUCGGACCAGCGGGCAUCCGUGCAGGUUCGCGUCGACUCACGCUUUAUGGAGGGUACAAUGUCCCUCUUCAAGUCAACCCUUUCAACUCGGGCCUCAGGAUCGUGGAUUGCGGCGACAUACCGGUCACGCCAUAUGACAAUAAAUUUGCAAUCCAGCAAAUUGAGAACGGCCAUAAGUCAUUACUUCAGCGCGAAGCUUAUUCACCUUUGGGGAAUGACACGGUCUCUGGGAAGCAGCUUUCGCCCAUCUCGCUUGACGGGAAGCACCAUCCUCGUGUUGUUACUCUUGGUGGGGACCAUACAAUCGUCCUUCCCUUGCUCCGGUCCAUUUAUUCCGCCUAUGGACCGAUAUCUGUCAUCCACUUCGAUUCCCACCUCGAUACGUGGAAGCCUUCAGUUUUCGGUGGCGCACCCUCGGAGCAAGCGGCCAUAAAUCACGGCACCUAUUUCUACUGGGCUAGCCGGGAAGGGUUGAUUAACAACGGGACAUCCAUUCACGGUGCCAUAAGGACCACCCUUUCUGGCCCUGAAGAUUACGACAACGACGACGAGUCAGGUUUCAAGCGAAUUGAAGCGCGCGAAAUAGAUACCAUAGGAACCGCCGGUAUCAUUGAGAAAAUACGUCAAACGGUCGGCGACGGCCCGGUAUACCUGUCUAUCGAUAUCGAUUCUAUCGACCCAGCUUUUGCACCAGCUACGGGCACCCCGGAAACAGGUGGAUGGUCCACCAGGGAGCUGCGUACUAUUUUGAGAGGUCUUGAUGGCCUCAAAAUCGUCUCGGCAGAUAUUGUCGAAGUGGCGCCAGCCUACGACACCAACGCCGAACUUACUACUAUGGCCGCCGCCGACGUUCUGUUUGAGGUCCUAAGUGUUAUGGCGAAAACCCCGUUAGGUAAGGUCGUGGAAGACUGA